AUGGACAACUCACCAACUAGCACCCCAACACCAAAACCAACACCAACCCCAACACGCGUCAUCAUUCGCGCCUGCGUCACGGACAUCCCAGGAGACCCGCACGCACGACCUCAUCGCCUCGGACGAGACUUCUGCCAACAAAUCCUCUCUCGCCCAUACGCGGACGACCUCCAGGCCGAAUGUCACGAUGCGACGCACAUCCUGCCAAACCUCGACGCGCCAAACGAAGGACGGGCCUGGUUCAUGUACGACUUCAAUGUCGUCGGCCCCCUGAGCAAACAGGAGAUCCUCGCUAUCCCACACUCCGUCUAUCAUGCUACCCGGCGAGGCGAUUCUUGGUACGUCUCUACAUGGCGAUGGAUCACCGACGAGCAGAAAAGCUUGGGGUUGACGGUUUACGUGCGUGUACAUAGGGUGUUUACUCCACGUGAUAGUUGGGUCCCUGAAGCGAGGAAGUACUGUGCGAUGUAUCCCUGGGGAGGUGAGGUAGGUAGCGGAGACCGCGAAGUUAUUGCCUGA